UAAACAAGAAGAAGAAAGAAGAAUUUGAGCUCUCAGUCGGUACAUGUUCAGUGUGUUUAACUUAAUUUAUUUUCAUCAGGAGAGAGUUGAAGAAAGAGGUGAUGAAGACAAAACUGAUGGAGAGAGACAGUUUACAGAUGCUGCAGACACCAGUGAAGAUGUGUUCAGUGAAGCUGCUGGACUGCAGGAACCUGAUGAAGAUGAGAGUGAAGAUUGAAGUGAAGCAGGAGGAGAUAAAAGAAGAAAACACAGCAGAGGAACAACAGAGAAAAGAAGAUGAUGAUGAUUUUAUUUCUUCAGAGCUGAUUGAAGUGAAAGAGGAAAGUCAAGAGCUGAAUGAAGUGGAGGAGGAACUUCAGUAUGAGAAACAUCAUGAUUUAAUAACUAUUGAAGAAUCUUUGAUUGGCUCAAAAACUAACAAGAAUUUCUCACCAGAAAAGACUCAAAGAAGAGCAGCCAAAAAUACUUUCACCUGCUCUCAGUGUGGAAAGAGUUUCAAAUGUAAAAGCUGGCUUAAUAUGCACAUGAGAGUUCAUACAGGAGAGAGACCUUACUCGUGCCAUCAGUGUGGAAAGAGUUUUGCAUAUGUAUACUAUUUCAAGGAUCAUCUCCGCUCUCACUCUGUAUUAAGACCAUUUGAAUGUGAUAAAUGUGGUAAAACAUUUGUUUUGGCACUGAACCUAAAACAACAUCUGAAAGUGCACACAAAUGAGAAGUCUUACAGUUGUUCUUUUUUUGGAAAGAGUUUUGCACACCUGUCCAGUUUAAAAGAGCACCAGACAAUACAUACUGGUGUGGGGGCUCAUAGGUGCUUUGAAUGUGGGAAGAUUUUUACUACAGCUGGCAACUUGAAACAGCACCAAAUAAUUCAUACAGCAGAGAAACCAUACAAGUGCUCACACUGUGGAAAGAGUUUCACUGUGUUACAAAGCUUGAAAACACACGAGAGAAACCAUACUGGAGAAAAACCUUACAAGUGCUCACACUGUGGAAAGAGUUUCAAUCAGUCAAAUCAUUUGAAAACACAUGAGAGAAACCAUACUGGAGAAAAACCUUACAAGUGCUCACACUGUGGAAAGUGUUUCAAUCAGUCAAAUCAUUUGAAAACUCAUGAGAGAAUCCAUACUGGAGAAAAACCUUACAAGUGCUCACUCUGUGGAAAGAGUUUCACUGUGUUACAAAGCUUGAAAACACACAAGAGAAUCCAUACUGGAGAAAAACCUUACAAGUGCUCACACUGUGGAAAAAGUUUCACUCAGUCACAAUGCCUGAAAAAACAUGAGAGAAUUCAUACUGGAGAAAAACCUUACAAGUGCGCACUCUGUGGAAAGAGUUUCAUUGUGUUGCAAAGCUUGAAAACACACAAGAGAAUCCAUACUGGAGAAAAACCUUACAAGUGCUCACACUGUGGAAAGAGUUUCACUAAGUCACAAUACCUGAAAAAUCACGAGAGAAUUCAUACUGGAGAAAAACCUUACAAGUGCGCACUCUGUGGAAAGAGUUUCAAUGUGAUACAAAGCUUGAAAAGACACAAGAGAAACCAUACUGGAGAAAAACCUUACAAGUGCUCACACUGUGAAAAGAGAUUCACUCAGUCACAAUACCUGAAAAAUCAUGAGAGAAUUCAUACUGGAGAAAAACCUUACAAGUGCUCACUCUGUGGAAAGAGUUUCACUGUGUUACAAAGCUUGAAAACACACGAGAGAAACCAUACUGGAGAAAAACCUUACAAGUGUUCACACUGUGAAAAGAGUUUCACUAAGUCUCAAAACCUGAAAAAUCACGAGAGAAUUCAUACUGGAGAAAAACCUUACAAGUGCUCACUCUGUGGAAAGAGUUUCACAGCAGCAAGUGCUCUAUGGAAACAUGUAAAAAAGAAUUGCCCAAGUAGUCACUGUGAGCAAAAAUCGUCUUCAGGUCCAACAAGAUCAAAUGGACCGUAACACUGAAGCUAUGGGGAAACAUCACGGCGGUGGCGUUUGUCUCCUCGUCAGGCACCAGUUGUGUAGAAUGGUUAUUGUUAAAACAUGAGCCUCGUCUGAAGGGUGGAGGAGGAGGUGUUGCUACAAUUUACAGAGAAGUUUUUGGUGUUACUCAGAGGACAGGAUAUAAAUAGCGAUGACAUCUCGGAUCAUUACCUCGUCUCUUGUAUGCUGCGAUCAGCUAAUGUUACUCAAUCUACACCACGCUAUCGUUCAGGUAGAACUAUUCUUUCAACCACUAAAGAUAGCUUCACUAAUAAUCUUCCAGAUCUAUCUCAUACACUCAGUAAACCCCAAAACCUAGAAGAACUUGAUAAAAUAACAGAAAAUAUAAAUACAGUCAUCUCUAGCACUCUUGAUAGUGUCGCCCCCCUUUGUUUAAAGAAAGAAGCCCUGCACCAUGGUACAAUGAUCACACUCAUGCUCUCAAGAGAGCAGCUCGGAAAAUGGAGCGCAAGUGGAAGAAUACAAAAUUAGAGGUAUUUCGCGGUGCAUGGCUGGAUAGUGUCAGUAGAUACAGACAGGCACUAAAAGUUGCCAGGUCGGAAUAUAUUGGCAAACUCAUAGAGAAUAACCACAACAAUCCUAGGUGUUUAUUCAGUACUGUGGCUGAAUUGGUUAGGAAUAAAGCAUCGACUGAACCAGAUAUUCCGUCACAGCACAAUAGUAAUGACUUCAUGAAUUUCUUUACUGAUUAAAUUGAAAUAAUCAGAAAUAAAAUUGGAAUUAUACAAUCAACUGUCACAGUACCUCAGAAAACAGUGUCUCAUAAUUUUCCUCACGUGCAACUUCAAUCCUUCACUGUCUAACAAAGCUAACAAAACUUAUCAAAACAUCAAAAGGCAGUGCUGGCUCAGUGGUUAAGGCUCUGGGUUACUGAUCAGAAGUUUGGGGGUUCAAGCCCCAGCACUGUCAAGAUGCCACUAUUGGGCCCUUGAGCAAGGCCUUUGACCCUAUCUGCUCCAGGAGUGCUGUAUCAUGGCUGACCCUGCACUCUGACCCCAGCUUGGCUGGGAUAUGUGAAAAAAAGAGUUUCACUCUCUAUGUGUGAUGAAUAAAUUUAAAGUCACAACAUGUUUUUUAGAUCCAAUACCAACCAAGCUCUUCAAAGAAGUAUUCCCAGUAAUCUCAGAACCUCUUCUUAAUAUUAUGAACUGCUUAUUAAGAAGCCACAGCUUGAUCCUGGAGAACUGGCUAAUUAUAGACCGAUUUCAAAUCUCCCAUUUAUGUCGAAAAUACUAGAAAAGGUAGUAUCCUCCCAACUAUGUUCAUUUCUACAGAGAAAUAGUGUGAACAAUUUCAGUCAGGAUUUUGGCCUCAUCACAGUACAGAGACUGCACUUAUCAGAGUUACAAAUGACUUGCUCUUAUCAUCUGAUCGCGGCUGCAUUUCUCUUCUAGUGCUUUUAGAUCUUAGUGUUGCAUUUGACACGAUAGAGUACAACAUUCUUUUGAAUAGGCUGGAGAAUUAUGUUGGCAUUAUUGGAGUUGCAUUAGCAUGGUUUAGGUCCUAUUUAGCAGACCGCUACCACUUUGUCUAUGUAAAUGAGGAAUACUCACUCAGUUUAAGUCUAGACUAAAGACUCAUCUAUGUAGCCAGGCAUACACCUAAUUUAUCCUUCAACUCAUAAUUAGGCUGCUUUAGUUAGGUCUGCCAGAACCAGAAACAGUGAUCAUGAUCUAUAACUCUGCAAUAAAUUGAAUGGCAUCUAUGCUAAUAUUAUUUUAUUUGUUUCCCUGUCUCAACCUCGGGACUCAUAUCCUGAGGUCACCAGAACCAGCCAGAUCCAGCUCCUUUCCUGCUUGGUGUUGGACUCCACUGCUAUGUGUUACUAUGUGAUGAUGACUAAAUGCAGCCGGUGCCAGCCAAACAUCACUUCAGUCUAUUAUGAUGGACUUUAGAGGAUGAACUGAUGCCAACUCCAACCAUAAGACAUGGGAUACUUCAUAUGUCACUGCCUGAACCUUGGAUUUAGGAUAGACCUCACUGAAAUUACCGGCCAGGUUGAACUGCGAUGCACCUAACUGAUCUCUGCCUGCAUCACCUCAGUCUAAUGAUGGACUACACUCUUGAAAUAGAAUACAUAGACUAUUAUUUAAUUGCCAACAAAACCCUUCAUCAGCCAACUAACAAGGACAAUUGUAUCUAUGUGAGCUUCUGCAGUUAAUCCAGGAUGAACUUCAAAGACAUUAGUCAUUAAUCUUACAGUUCAUACAAAAUCUUUGUUCUAAACACUGACCCUUAACACUUACUUAGUUUAAUAAUUUUAAACCAUGACCUGCACUAUACAUAAGUAAUAUUGGCAUUAUAUUCAUGAUGUUAUAAAAAUGGAAAAAGAUGUGUAGGCACAAAAUGGAAUUAAACAUGUCUUCCGUAAAUAUUAGAGCAGCAUGGCAAGAAAUAAAAGCAAUGGUAAAUACUCCCCACAAGGGCAAAGGUAAAACUUAUGUGGACAGUAGUCCAACUAUGGUUGAAGAACUGAAAUCUUACUUUGCCCGUUUUGAAUUUGACAAUAGGGAAGAUAUCCGAGAAACAAACUCAUCUUUGAUGAAGGAGGUAGGUAAAUCAGAUAGGUUUAUAACUAUUAAUGAGAGAGAUGUCUAUUAGGUUUUCAAGACGUGCAAGGUACGUAAAAGUCCAGGACUUGAGAGUAUUAGUGGCAGUGUGCUCAAAUAUUGUGCAGAACAAUUAGCUGUUGCCUUUACACCCAUAUUCCAGGCGUCCUUAGAUCAGCAUACAGUGCCUUUACUUUGGAAAUCGCCUAUUAUUUCACCCAUCCCUAAAGUGCCUAAACCCCUGAAUCCAAAUUAUUUCAGACCUAUAUCACUAACAUCCCUUGUGAUGAAAAGCCUAGCGAAAAUAGUAAAACAACACAUAUUGAAGUCUGUAUUGCCCUUUUUAGAUAAGGUGCAAUUUGUAAACCAGGCAAAUAGGGGGGCUGAUGAUGCCGUUUUAACAUUGUUAAAUUUAAUACACACACACCUAGAGAAGCAUAAGACGUGAAUAUACUGUUUGUGGAUUUUUAUUCUGCAUUUAACACUAUCCAACUGCAUAUAUUAGCGGUCUAGAAACAUAGUUUGCACUUGACAAGAGAAUUAUACUAUGGAUAGCUGAUUUCUUAAGCUAUAGGGCCCAACAGGUUAAAAUAGGACAGUAGCUCUUUGAGAAAAUUUCCACUAAUAUCGGUAUUCUGCAAGGUUGUGUUUCGUCCCCUCUUUUAUUUUUGUUAUAUACUAAUAAUUGCACUAUUCACUUUCAGGAUAGAUAUUUUAUUAAAUUUACAGACAAUAUAGCAAUAGUGAACUUAUUGCAAAACGAUGAAGAUCACCGCGGAUCUAUUUUAGAUUAGUUUGUUGAAUGGUGUUUGGUUGGUUGGAUGUUUGGUUUAAAAUACAGAUAAGACAAAAAUGUCUAUUGAUUUUAGGAAAACAUUCUACAAUCCAGUUAGUACUAUUAUUAAGGGAAAAAAGAUAAAACUAGUGGAAGAGUAUAAAUACCUGGGAAUUGUGACAGCAAGUUAAGGUGGAGUACCAGUGUUAAUUACAUUGCUAAAAAGGGACAGCAGAGGCUUGUAUAAUUUUAAUAUAGACAAUAAACUUUUAAUCUUAUUUUAUACGUUUUUUAUAGAGAGUGGCUUUAUUUCUUGGAAACAUCAACAAAUAUAGAGCAAUGACCAAAGCAGUUAAAACAUUAGCCGAUCCUAAGCGCACCCUCUGGGAAAGAUUUGUACCACUUCCUUCUGGCAGAAGGUAUCUGACUCCAAUAGCUAAAACAAAUAGAAUUAAGCAAUCCUUUAUCCAUAGUGUAAUAUCUUUACUCCAUAAUGUGCAAUAAAUAUUGAGCUUUUCUUAUGUUGUUUUAUGCUGUUGUUUUUUAUUCUUUGUAUUAUUGUAACCUUGUCAUGUGUGGUGUGAGUAUUGAGAACUGUCAAGUGUAUACUGCAAAACCAGUUUCCCCAAGGGGAUAAAUAAAGCUCUC